AUGGUCAGAGGAUCACAUUCUCACGUCCAGCUCGUCGUGGCCGCCUCCGAUUUAGAUACCGACAAGCAGCAGCAGCUGCAUGUUGCCGCUGCAGUCACCAAUACCAUUAGGAAGUUGAAAGAGAGGAUUGAAGAAAUGGAUGGCAUUCCAGUGAGUAGAAUAACGGUUUACGCGAAUGGAGUUGAGUUGUUAGACUACUGGACACUGCAUGACUACGAACUCUCCGAUCACUCCAAAGUGGACUUCAAAUUGAAGAAGCUUCGUAUAUUGGUGUCGUCGCAAUGCGAGACGAAGAAGUUUCCGGUGGAGGCGUCGGAAAACGUAGGGGAGUUGAGGAAAGAGCUUGAGAGAUUGAAGGAGCAGUGGCAGCUGGAGCUCCUAGACGAUGACUACUUCUUUAUAUACAAGCAGAACGUGAUGGACAACGCCCUUGGGUGCGGCAUGAAUAAUCCGAUAUAG